AUGCCCCUCCUAACCAUGCCCAGCCAGCGGAUCAGCUGGACUCCGCUGCUGCUUCUGGGGUAUCUCUUUUACCUCCUCCUGGGUGCUAUGAUGUUCCAGCUGCUGGAGAAGCAGGCAGAGACACAUUUUCUGGACCAGUUCCAGCUGGAAAAGCUCAAGUUCCUGCAGAACUACACAUGCUUGGACAGACAAGCCCUGGAGAAGUUUGUACAGGUCCUCAUGGACGCAUGGGAAAAAGGGGUCAACCCAGAAGGAAACUCUACAAAUCCCAGCAACUGGGACUUCAGCAACUCCUUCUUUUUUGCAGGAACUGUUGUCACCACUAUAGGUUAUGGUAACCUGUCCCCCAACACGGUGGCAGGGCAGAUCUUCUGUGUGUUUUAUGCCUUAUUUGGAGUGCCCCUCAAUCUGGCCUUCCUUAAUCAGCUGGGGAAAGGUCUCAAUGCUCACUUGCUCACCCUGGAAAAAUGGGUGCAAAAGCCAGGGCGUGCCCAGGUGGUUCAAACACUGGCAGUGGCCAUCUUCCUGACCACUGGGACCUUGCUUUUCCUGGUGUUCCCACCAUUAGUCUUCAGUUACGUAGAAGGCUGGAGCUAUGGAGAAGGCUUUUACUUCACCUUCAUCACCCUCAGCACCAUUGGAUUUGGGGACUAUGUAGUAGGCACGAACCCCAACAAGCACUAUAUCCCCAUUUACAGGAGCCUAACUGCAAUAUGGAUUGUUUUUGGCUUGGCCUGGCUGGCUCUGGUCUUCAACGUGGGAGCUGACUUGAUGGAAAAAUUCCUUCAGCUAAAGUGGCACAAGUCUGACUUAAGCCUGACAGAAGGAGCCACCACCAAAUUGGAAGAUGAMCCUGAGCAGCCUAGAAUCCAUAUCCCUAGCUGA